AUGGCGCCUCCCGACUCUCUGGCCAACGGCCAUGUCCUGGCCCUGCUCGACAGCCUUCGCGAGGGCAACCGCCAUGCCUUCCUCCAGCCCACGGCCGCAAUUCCGACUGACUCCCUCAACCUCGUCAAGAAUAUGCUAGAGGGUUUUGCAUCACAGGUCGGAGACGAACAACAGGAGAGACUCAAGGAAAACCGGAAGCGAAAGAGGGCCGCCAACGCCGAUGACGUGCUGAAGAUGCGCAAGGUUUACAUCGAUGGGUUUGAGACGGGCCAAGUGUGGCAGCAGGCCAAAAGGAUCAUCGGUGGUGUCUUGAAGUACUCGGAGGAGGCUCUGUCCGAACUGGAGGAGCGAGACGAGGUUGUGAUGAAUGGUGUGAACGGAUCCGACUCCAAGAUGCUCGAAUUUGGAGAGGAUGGCUUCGAGGUCGGAUCAGACGAUGAGGACGUGGAGAGUGGAUCGGGUGAGUCCGAUGAGGAGGCCGAGGAUGGCGAGAAUCAAAUAUCAGGCAAGGAAUUGGAGGAUGGCCAGGAGGACGACUGGGAAGACGAAGAGGAAGUUGAGGGACAGGAGCAGGACGACGAUAACGAAGAUGGCGAUGACGUCGAUGAGCCUGCUGAUGAGUAUACCGAAGAUCUUAAUGGUCUCAACGACGGUUUCUUCUCCAUCGACGACUUCAACAAGCAAACACAGUGGUUCGAGGACCAGGACGCAAGGGGAGAUCCCAACACCGACCAAGCUAGCGAUGAUGAAGAGGUGGAUUGGGAAGCUGAUCCCAUGGCCCCCUCGAAGAAAAAUCCCAAAGCCUCGAAAAAAACUGCAGAUGCCGACCCAACAUCAGAUGCAGAGGACGACGAUGACGACGAGGCUGGACCUACGUUUGGAGAUAUGGCUCUCGACGCCCCAGAAGGCGAUAGCGAAGACGAGGACAUGGAUGAUGCCCUGGAAGAUGAAGGCAUGGACUUCAAUGCCAAUGAGGUUUACUACAAAGACUUCUUUGCACCACCCUCUAAGAAGUACAAGGGCGACAAGCCCAGGAAGGCUGUUCACUUUAAGCCCAAGCAACCAGAUGAGACCGAUGUCCAGAGGGCAAUUGACGACGUCCGCAGAGAUCUCUUUGAUGACGAAUCAGAACAAGAGGAUUCCGAUGAUGCCUUGUCCGAUGUGUCUGCGGGAGACCCCAAGUCGCGCCGCUCUGCCCACGAGCGCCGACAAGCCAAGCUUGCCGAGGAGAUCCGCAAGCUCGAGGCUGCAUCCGUCGCCAAACGGGAGUGGGCAAUGUCCGGUGAGGCAGCUGCGGUCGAUCGACCAAUGAACUCCCUCCUGGAAGAAGACCUGGAUUUCGAGCACAUCGGCAAGCCCGUGCCUGUCAUUACCCCUGAGGUCACCGAGGGCAUCGAGGAUCUCAUCAAGCGACGCAUUCUCGCCCAGGAGUUCGAUGAGGUCAUCCGCCGCCGACCCGACAUUGAGGGUGUGCCCGCGGGUACCCGCCGUGGACUGGUAGAACUCGACGACAGCAAGGCCACCAAGGGCCUGGCCGAGCUCUACGAGGAGGAGCACAUCAAGAACACCGACCCAGACAACUACGUCAGCCAGUCGGAUGAGAGGCUGCAGCGCGAGGAGAAGGAGGUCGAAGCCAUGUGGAAGGAUGUCAGCGCCCGCCUCGACUCCCUUAGCAGCUGGCACUACAAACCCAAGCCCGCUGCGCCGACGCUCUCCGUCGUUGCUGACGUCGCCACCGUGGCCAUGGAGGAUGCCCAACCCACAACGGCCCAGGGCGUGGCCGGCGAGAGCAGCCGUAUGGCGCCCCAAGAGGUGUACAAGGCCGGCGCCGACACGGCAGCUAAGGGCGAGAUCGUCUCCAAGAGCGGCCUGCCCGUGGCACGCCAGGAGAUGUCGCGCGAGGACAAGGCGGCCCGCCGCCGCCGUGAGAAGGAGCGCGUGCGCAAGGCCGGCGGCGUCGACGGCAACAAGGUCAUCAGCCGCCGCGCCCAGAUGAAGCGCGACACCAUCGCCGAGCUCAAGAAGGGCGGCGUCAAGGUCAUCAACCGCAAGGGCGAGAUCACUGACGUCGACGGCAAGAAGGCCAAGGCGCCCAAGGCCGUUUCGAGUGGCAACUUCAAGCUGUAG